UGGAAACUCUGCUGAGACCUUCACAUUUUCUGGUGGCUUAAAAGGAGAAUAUAUUCAAUAAAAUUCCCUCAGCUAUAAAUAUUAUUUCAUGGAAAAAAUACAGGGAAAUAAUUUAAAGAAUGGAAAAACUGUGCACCAGGUGAAAAUGAUCCUGGAAAGUGACUUAUGGAAAGUAUUCACUCUAGUCUGGUUCAUUUUAAGAUGAGAAUUUAGAUGUUUACCUUACCUGGGGCAUUUUUAGGACUUUCAGGGUAAUUACCACUAACAACACCUCUCCCCACCAUCAAAGCAAAAAGAACACACCUGUUCAUGUUCUACUGGCGAAACAGUUGUGCCGUAUCAAGGGAAGAAACUGGUACCAGAGACUCCUAGCAUUUCUGAAUUGUUUCAGAGUCAUCAGGGCUGCUCUCAGAGGACAAACAAUAAGAAAUAUACAUAAAAAAAUUCCCCAUUUCUAAAGUAUCCAUAACCAUUUGAGAUAACAUGGUGUUCCAGAAGAAGAGAAAGGAAGAAAGGAUCCCAAGAUGUAAUUUCCUAGAGUGGGAUUCACGGACCCUGAGUCUUUCAGAGCUGAAGGACCCUUCCUUCUCUCCUCCCCCAAGCACCCAGGCUCAGCAUGCUCUACUGGAAGAAAAGCAAAGCAUCUCAAAGACUGAUUCAAGUUACUUAGUGAUUUAUGAGGCUAUCUAUCCUAGGAGUAUUUUAGUUUACAAAGAAGACCAAUGGAAUAGGGAUACUGUUUCCCUUUUAGGAAUCAGUUUCAACUGGAAGGAUUUUAGGGACAUGCAUCAGGUCCUUUGUAGAUUUUGUGGAGAGGAAGAACUUAGGGCAGGUUUCGUUGUCCUCUGAAAUUCUCACCUACUUUCUGCUAGGCAUUUGGGCACAUUGUUAUCACGUUGAAUUCUACUAUCCUAUGAAAGGCACAACUAUGGAAGAAUUGGAAAGAAUCAACAAAGAAAUCGAAUCUGUUAAGGCUGAGGUUGAAGAAAAGCAGAAGAGGCUCUCCAAGUUACUUUAGCCCUCAGAGAGCUGUCACAAAACCCUGUGGCCUCCUUGAGUGACAUAAAUGUGAGACAAGAUUUUCCUGAAAAUAGCCUGCUCCUCAGAGAAAGGUGGAGUGAACUAUCGAAGAACCAAGAGAGUCAGCCUAGAAAGUAUGUGAUGGACCACAGAUGUCCAGCAACUGACCUUGAAUAUGACCCCUUGCUCAAUUACUCCACAGAGCUGCUGCUUGGGGCAUCUCAAGCAAGGCAGGGUGAGACUGACAUACAACACUUCUACCAUUUGAAAAAAUCUGUGGGUGGAAAUGGCCACAAGUCCCUGGAAAGCCAAAGACCUUGUGUUUCACCAAUAAGAAUUAAAAUAAAUCUUCAAGAUUCUGAUGAAGAUGACCUUGUCAUAGAUGUACCUCCAAGAAGUCCUACUUUUAAGAAAUCUAAACCAUGUAGAGGCUUUAAAUACCAGAAUAUGGAUGAAAGGUCACAGGUAGUGCCCCCGGAGGAGCAAAAUCUUCAAAUUAGUGACAUAGAAGAGGAAAAAAUAAAUAAAACCCGACUAACCACAAAAAGACAUGAUGACAGUAACAAAUUAGAACCACCAAAAUUGCUUAUGAGAACCUUACUAGAUGUUAAAAAUCAUGUAAACUUGUGCGGUAUUAAAAACCACAGUUCCAAGACAGGAAGCUUUGGUGGUGAGAAAAACUAUGUCUGUAUUUCAGAAGAAAGUGUGUCUUGUGGACCUCUCAGUGACAAAGAAAUACAGAGAGAAAGCCAUAAUGAAAGUUAUCCAAAGAGCAGAAGACGUGUAAAAACAAUUUAUGAUACUCAGAAGGAAGAAACUGAAUGGCGACAUUCACCAAGCCAACACCAGUUCUCUCAUUCUGAUGACCGCAGGAAAGACAGAGUUCUGAGAACACAAGACCAUAGUCAAGACGUCACUACUUUUGAAGAUGGCAAAUUAGCUAAAUUUGAUUUUGAUAGGGAGCAUAGUGAAGAUGACACUGCCUCCGAUUCUGAUGACACUAUGAAGAAAUGUCUUUGAAUUUUCCACGAGUUCACGAAUAGCGAGGUUCGUAAGGGAGAGACUGCUUAAGCAGGCUUCAGGAAAGCAAGUGAAAUUAGAUAUGUUGUAUUACCAAAACAUUUCUGGACCGAAAAAGAGGAUUGUACACGCUGCCAAGUUUGAUGUUCCAAUCAAUAAAGAGACCAUUAGCCCACGCAGGGGACCAGUCCCACCACUAAUCAGUCACGCCGCACUCCUCCAGGCCCAGCAGCAGGCCGUGCAGAUGAAGGCUGCUGUUCAGGGCGGGCAGGCUUUUGUGGCUGUCACUUCAGAACAGAAGAAAAAUGCGUGUCCAGCCUCUCAGACCCAAAGGAAAGCCUCAGAGGAAAGUUCACGUACAUCAAACGGCCUUCACGUGGAUAUAGUUCUUUUAAAGGAAAAUCCAACUGCAAAGCCAAGCAGAUCCCACAUUCCUGUGAAGAGUGUUGCUGCUUUUCCCAUAAAGGCUAAAAUAGAAGAAAAGGCCAUUUAUGAACACUGUGGCAGUCAGAAUAUGUAUAUGAACAUAGCAAUUAACACUCUUAAGAAGCUGAGAGAGCAAGAUGUGUCUGGAAGCAGUGACGACAAGACAACUGGAUUGAAAACGAAUAAAAAGGAAAAUGUGCUCACAGGAAUUAUUCUCUACAGACAUCUUAAAGACUACCUUCUAACAGAAGAACAGUUACAUGAAAAUAACUACCCCCAACCCAACCCUGACAAACCAGGAAGUGUUCUUUUAAACCCAGGCAUGACAAGAACUCUUGUAAAUGAUGCCUCUCAUUGGAAGGUGGAAAAUUUAGCAGGCAAGAACACGGGCUUUGAAGGAGAAAGUCAGGGAAAUCUGGGUUUGGAUGCUGGAUGAGUUAUUUAAUGCCUCCAGCCUCACGUUUUGUUUCCUCAUUUCAAACAAUG